GCGAGGGCCGCGUGCUGGGCGCCCUGACCGGCGAGGUGACCAUGCAGGAACCCCUGCUGGGAGCCGAGGGCCCGGCCUAUGACACCUUUCCUGAGCCAGAGGGCAGGACACGGGUCCGAACGCUGCAGAACUCGAGGGUGUACCUGGCCACCCUGGCCGCUGUGCUGGGAAAUUUCAGCUUCGGCUAUGCCAUGGUCUACACGUCCCCGGUCAUCCCGGCCCUGGAGCAAGCCUCGGGCCCAGACCUGCAUUUGACCAAAACCCAGGCUUCCUGGUUCGGGUCUGUGUUCACCUUGGGCGCAGCGGCUGGGGGUCUCAGCGCCAUGCUGCUCAGUGACCUCCUGGGCAGGAAGGUCAGCAUCAUGUUCUCCGCGGUCCCCUCAGUGGCUGGCUACGCGCUUCUGGCGGGCGCCCGUGGCUUCUGGAUGCUGCUGCUGGGGAGAACACUGACGGGUUUCGCCGGGGGGCUCACCGCCGCCUGCAUCCCGGUGUACGUGUCUGAGAUCUCUCCCCCUGGAGUUCGAGGGACCCUGGGGGCCACCCCCCAGCUCAUGGCUGUCUUUGGAUCCCUGUCCCUCUACGCCCUUGGCCUCCGGUUGCCGUGGCGCUGGCUCGCCGUAGCCGGCGAGGUGCCGGUGUUCAUCAUGGUCCUGCUGCUCAGCUUCAUGCCCAACUCGCCGCGUUUCCUGCUCUCGCGGGGCAGGGACGCUGAGGCCCGGCGGGCACUGGCCUGGCUGCGCGGGCCCCAGGCCGACAUCCGCUGGGAGUUUGAACAGAUUCAGAAUCACGUGCAGAGCCAGAACAGCCGCAUGUCCUGGGCCGAGAUCCGGGACCCGCACGUGGCCCGCCCCAUCGCCAUCGCCUUGCUGAUGCGAUUUCUGCAGCAGCUGACCGGCAUCACGCCCAUCCUGGUGUACCUACAGUCCAUCUUUGCCAGCACAGCGGUUGUGCUGCCCCCCAAGGAUGACGCAGCCAUCGUGGGGGCUGUGCGGCUCUUCUCGGUGCUGAUCGCCGCCCUGGCCAUGGACCUGGCUGGCCGCAAGGUGCUGCUCUUUGUCUCGGCAUCCAUCAUGUUUGCCGCCAACCUGACGCUGGGGCUGUAUGUCCAGUUGGGGCCGAAGCCGCUGACCCCCAAUGACACUCUGAGCCUGGAGAGCCUGUCCCUGGGGGGUCCCGGGCAGCAUCUGGCCUCACCUGCCAACUACCUCACCCUGGUGCCCCUGCUAGCCGCCAUGUCCUUCAUCAUGGGCUAUGCCAUGGGCUGGGGGCCCAUCACCUGGCUGCUCAUGUCGGAGAUCCUGCCGCUUAGGGCACGUGGCGUGGCCUCGGGGCUCUGCGUGCUGGCCAGCUGGCUGACUGCCUUUGCCCUCACCCAGUCCUUCCUGCCUGCUGUGAAUGCCUUCGGCCUGCAGACACCCUUCUUCUUCUUCGCGGCCAUCUGCCUGGUCAACCUGGUCUUCACGGGCUGCUGCGUGCCAGAGACCCGGGGCCGCUCCCUGGAACAGAUCGAAGCCUUCUUCCGCACCGGCAGGGGCUCCUUCCUGCGCUAGCCUAGGCCCCUCCUGGGGUCACCACCACUCAGAACCCCCAUCCCCCCUGAGACAUAAGAAGCCGGGCUGUCCCACCCACCUCUGGCAGGGCAGACAGAUACCAGGGACAGAGCCCUCUGGUUGACCUCGGGCCUCACUUCUGGUGGAUGUGGCCCAAGGGACAAGUGGGGCGCUGGUGGGGGCCGGUCAGGUCACCACCACCGUGCACCCUCUGCUGUGGGAGGAUGGCGGGUCGGUGCCAAUAAGGACCUGGCUGACCCCGCAGGGAAGGCUCCAGACCCUGGACCCCCACACCUGCCCCACCUGGCUUGUGGGAUCAGAACUCCUGGGCAGAUUGUGUUCUGUCCCCCUCCACCCCGUCUGUGAAAUAAAGCCACUGGGUGUGAGGGCAGCCCCCCAGGAAGAGGGGUGUCUUCCAGGCGGGGCCCCGCUGCAACCCAGGCAGCUGGACUGGUCCUGG